UAAUGUUCUGUGAUUUGUUCUAUAAUGAUUGAGAUAUGAAUUGAACCAGAUAAAAAUUAUCUGAGGAAAAUCAAAAACAAUGGAGAAAGAUGAGACAGAACUACAAACAUUUAUAAAGAAUGGGAAUGUUGAACCUGUUAAAAUAGUUGAUGGUGCUACUGUUGAAGACGAUGAUGAUGAACCUAAACGAGAUCAAUGGAUGAGAAAGUUGGAUUUUGUACUUUCUUUAAUUGGUUAUGCUGUCGGUGUGGGCAACUUAUGGAGAUUUCCUUAUUUAUGUCUUCGAAAUGGUGGAGGUGCCUUUCUCAUUCCAUUCUUUUUCUUCCUAUUGUUAUGUGGUAUACCAUUGUUUUACUUAGAAGUUUGUUUAGGACAGUUCUCUGGAAUCAGUUCACUCUUUGUCUUUAAAUUAUGCCCUUUGUUUAAAGGAAUAGGAUAUGGAAUGGUUAUAGUUUCCGGAAUGGCUACAAUAUAUUAUAAUGGUGUCCUCACCUGGGUUAUAUAUUAUUUGAUAAAUUCAUUUGAUGAAGAGUUACCAUGGCAACGAUGUGGACAUUGGUGGAACACUGCCACCUGUCGGGAUAAUUUUGCACUGAGUGAAAACUCUAGUUUCUACGGAAAUGGAACUUUCUACGGCAAUUAUUCUGAUAUUUACGGAAAUGUCACAGAUUUUUACCUCAACAACACAACACCUAAUCUCUUUCUAAACCAAACUGGUAAAACAGCUUCUGAAGAAUUCUGGCAAUACAACGUUUUAAGAAAAUCAGAAGGUUUAGAAAAUCUAGGAUCUAUACAAACACAUAAUGCCUUAUGUCUAUUAGCCGCUUGGAUUCUGGUUUUUCUUUGUUUGAUAAGAGGAGUCAAAUCUCUCGGAUAUGUUGUUUAUGUAACAGCUUUAUUACCAUAUUUUCUAUUAACAUUAUUUUUAAUACGUGGUUGUAUGUUACCUGGUGCUUUAGAUGGUAUCAAAUUCUAUGUCACUCCAGAUUUCUCCAAAUUGAACAAUUUUAGUGUAUGGACUGAGGCGUGUCUCCAGGUAUUUUUCUCACUCGGACCAGCCUGGGGUGGUUUAAUAACCAUGUCAAGUUUUAAUAAAUUUCAUCAUAAUUGUUUGAGAGAUGCAGUCAUAGCUACAUUAGCUGAUGGUUUAACUAGUUUCUAUGGAGGAUUUGUUAUUUUUGCUGUAUUAGGUUUUAUGGCUAAAGAAGCCGGUGUCGAUGUUUCCAAAGUGGCUACAGAAGGUCCUGGACUAGCUCUAGUAGCUUACCCAGCAGCUAUCACUAAAUUACCAAUACCUCAAUUCUGGGCUGUUCUCUUCUUUUUAAUGUUGUUAACUCUUGGAUUAGAUAGUCAGUUUGGUAUGUUUGAAAGUUUAGUAAGUGGUGUAAUUGAUGCCUUCCCGAAACAAUUAGCAAAACGACGAAUGUGGGUUACUGCUGGUUUAGCUUCUAUGUGUUAUUUACUUGGUUUACCAAUUGCAUCAAACGGUGGUAUAUAUGUGUUUCAACUAAUGGAUUGGUUUGUAGCAGCAUUUUGUGUUCUUAUUAUAUCAUUUAUAGAAUGUUUGGUUAUUGGUUGGAUUUAUGGUGUAGAAAGAUUUAGUAAAGAUAUUGAAUUAAUGAUGGGAAGAAAACCUGGUAUUGUUAUUAAAACAUGUUGGUGUUUUAUUACUCCUGCUCUGUUAUUGGUUUGUUUAGGUUCAACUAUUUAUAACUAUAAAAUGCCAACAUAUGAUGGUUAUGUGUAUCCAGAUUCAGCUAAAGUUCUAGGUUUUAUAUUAUCUAUUAUACCCAUAAUACCAAUACCUGUUUUUAUGGUUUAUGAACUUUAUAAAGCAAACGGUUCACUUUUACAGAGAUUUAAACAAACUCUACGACCAGCGUCAGAUUGGGGACCUUCAUGUAAAGAAUACCGACAUGAAUAUUCAUUAAAAGAUCAUCAAUAUGAAUCACCAUUUGUUAAAACAUUUCACAGAAUACGUCAUUGUAGAAGAUGA